AUGUCAAUCACCAAGAUCCAUGCUCGUGAGAUUCUGGACUCCAGAGGAAACCCCACAGUGGAGGUGGACCUGUGGACAGCCAAAGGUCUCUUCAGAGCUGCUGUCCCCAGUGGAGCAUCCACAGGAGUCCAUGAGGCACUGGAACUCCGUGACGGAGACAAGAGCCGUUACCUGGGCAAAGGAACCGUGAAGGCUGUGGAGCACGUCAACAAGGAGAUCGCCCCGAAGCUGAUCGAGAACAAAUUCAGCGUUGUUGAGCAGGAAAAGAUUGACAAGUUCAUGCUGGAGUUGGAUGGCACUGAAAACAAAUCUAAGUUCGGAGCUAAUGCCAUCCUGGGCGUGUCCCUGGCCGUCUGUAAGGCUGGAGCUGCAGAGAAGGGGGUUCCUCUCUACCGUCACAUUGCCGACCUUGCUGGACACAAGGACGUCAUACUUCCUGUUCCUGCCUUCAACGUGAUCAAUGGUGGAAGUCAUGCUGGAAACAAGCUGGCCAUGCAGGAGUUCAUGAUCCUUCCUGUUGGAGCUGCUAACUUCCACGAGGCCAUGAGGAUCGGAGCCGAGGUCUAUCACAACCUGAAGAACGUCAUAAAGGCCAAGUACGGCAAGGAUGCCACCAAUGUGGGAGAUGAGGGUGGCUUUGCCCCUAACAUCCUGGAGAACAACGAAGCUCUAGAGCUGCUGAAGACCGCCAUCGAGAAGGCCAGCUACCCGGACAAGAUCAUUAUUGGCAUGGAUGUYGCCGCCUCCGAGUUCUUCCGCAGUGGAAAGUAUGACCUGGACUUCAAGUCCCCUGACGACCCAGCCAGACACAUCUCUGGAGAGCAGCUGGGAGACCUGUACCGCAGCUUCAUUAAGGGCUACCCCGUCCAGUCCAUCGAGGACCCAUUUGACCAGGAUGACUGGGAGCAGUGGGCCAAGUUUACCAGUUCUGUUGACAUCCAGAUCGUAGGAGACAACUUGACUGUGACCAAUCCAAAGAGGAUUCAGCAGGCCGUGGAGAAGAAGGCCUGCAACUGUCUGCUGCUCAAAGUCAACCAGAUCGGCUCCGUCACCGAGUCCAUCCAGGCGUGUAAACUGGCUCAGAGCAGUGAUCAAGACUGGAGCUCCAUGCAGGUCGGAGCGUCUUGCUAA